AUAGCAAGGUGGGCAUCAUGGAAGAUGCCCACCUUUGAGACGUCCAUUAAGCUUUCUCGAAACAAGCUUGGGCCAUUUUUUGAGUAGUGUUGCACAAGCGCACUCAGUUAAGUUGACAAAGUGAGCAAAGAUUGAAUAAUCUCAUGUUCAAGGUUUCGAUCAUGAAUUUCAAGGCUGUAUUCGUUGCUUUGAUUGCAAUCUUGUCAUGGAAUGAGAUUUUGGCAAGAACAUGUGACAACAAAGACGAAAACCCGUACUUAAUGUUUUCUACAAAAACAAGUUAUUUCAAAGUGUUCAAUGGAUCCAACAUUCACGACGAAAAUGAUAUUCCAGGCUGCCAAGCGAAAUCCUUGUGGAUGCUUGCACGUCACGGCUCGAGAUAUCCGGGAUCCGAUGACAUUCUUGUAAUGGCGGAUAGGGGAGUGGAAAUAAAGGAUGCAAUUGUCGAGGCCUACUCGAGUGGAAAAGGAUCUCUUUGCCAUGAAGACUUCAUCCAGUUUCAAUCUUGGUCCUUCAAUUGGACUCAAGACGACGGAAGCUUACUUUCAGAGUCCGGAAAGCUGGAAAUGUUUCAAAUUGGACAAAGGGUGCGAAAACGCUUUUUCGACGACAUCAAGGAUGAAACACACAUUCAUUUUCGUCGAACCUACAAAAAACGAACAGGACAAAGUGCUGAAUCGUUUGCUGAAGGCGCCUUUCCAGAUCAAUCAGUUGAAAUUCUGAAGCCUUUGCAUACCGAUCCUCUCUUAAGAUUCUUUGACUUUUGCACGAAAUGGAUCAACGACAUCGAUGAGAACCCUGAAACCUACAAAGAACAGAGGCUUUUCGGGGAAACUGAUGUCAUGAAGAAAACAUUGAAAGACAUUGGAUUGGCAAUUGGAUUCAACGAAGAAUUAAACCUUACAGAUGGGCUGAUUAUUUACGAUAUUUGCAGAUACGAGCAGGCUCACCAACCCGACAAGUUUUCCGUUUGGUGUAGUGUGUUUCAAGAGACGCAUUUAAAGGUUUUUGAAUAUUACGAAGAGUUGAAAUAUUGGCAUAAGAAUGGAUAUGGACAUGCUUUGAACUAUUUGAUGGCUUGUCCUCUCGUCCAAGAUGCAGCGUUAACUCUCCAGAAAGAAGAAAUAGGGAAAAGUGGUACUUUCUAUUUUUCCCAUUCAGAGGCCAUUCUGCCGUUCCUGGCUGCUUUGGAUCUUUUCAAAGACAAAGAGCCUUUGCGUCAUGACAAUUUCCAUACCAUGUCCGAACGGCAUUACCAAACGUCGAGGAUUGGCUCGUUUUCUUCUAAUGUCAUCUUCGUUUUAUUGGAAUGUGAAGAAUUCCCGCAAAAGAGGUUGCUUACGUAUCAUCAAGAACGGCGAAUAAAGCUUCCAAGAUGUGAUUCUGAUCCUUGCAAUUGGGAUCAAUUUAUGUCUAGGUAUCAGGAUGUGAUUGGCUGCCAAUUUGACCAACUUUGUGGAACAGAUGAUCAAGCCAACGAGGAAUUCAUAAAUCUGGACUCCAAUAGUGGGGAAACUAACAACGCCAAAAGUUUGUUUAGCUUAAAGCUUUGUAUGUUAUGCACAUUUUUAUUUGGGAGUGCUUUGAUUAAUUCUUGAAAAAAAGAGCCCAUUAACAAGUGGAAAAUAAAAGCAACAGAAAAACCCGGAAUAUAAUGUAAUUGUAAA